UCCUGUCAGGGCCCAGGAGCGGCUGUGGAUUUGGCCGUCCCCGGGACCCCAGUGGCCGUGGGGUUCGAGAAACGUAGCCUGUGACCCCUCACAAAGGGCAGGCGAUCGAGGCCUUCAGCCCGCCUCCCUCUAAAGUGGCCCGGGAUAGGGCCCGGAUGGCUCGCGAGAGUCCCUGGGGGCGGGGAGGUUCGCUGGGAAAAGGGGCUGGAACAGGUUUAAGACGCGGCACAGAAUUAACCGUAGGGGGCGUUGUCUUAGGACUGGCGCAAGUGAUGGGAGUUUCGGUGAUAAAUCUUAGUGCUUGGCUGCAGGUUGCCACCAUGAGGCUGAAUCAGAACAUCUUGCUGCUGGGGAAGAAGGUGGCGCUGGUCCCCUACACCUCAGAGCAUGUGCCCAGGAAGAGAAACCUUGGUGUGAGAAGUCAUUGCAAAUAGGAAAAAGUGAAAACUGGAGCAGAGGGCAAUGACCUCCGUGGAGGAAGUCACCGGCCGAUAUUUCUCCCUUUCACCCCCCCCCCCCCGCCCCCCACCAGCUUCCUUUUUGGCCUUUCUGCAAGGAAUUCCUUUAUGUAAACUACAUGUGGGUAAGGAAGAAAAGGUAUUGUCUUCUCUCCUGAGUGUAAAGAGUGCCACCCCCUUGGUGCCAGUAAAUAGGCUCAGUUCUUGGAGACUGAACGCUAACGUGUUGUAAAACUGAGCCCAUGGGUUGUUGUGAGGGAGGUCUGUUACAGUUUGGGAUGGCCAGGAAUGAGUCUCGGGGUGGGGCUCUUUUGGUGGCUGUUGGCGAAUGUCUGGUAGAGGGGGCUGGUAGUGCUGUAGGCGUGUAUUCGCUGCUGCUUAUAGUUUUCGUUUGGGGGGUUUCUGGCGCCCCGCCUUUGUGGAGAUCUGUCCAGCCUUCCUUGCUGAGUUCAGCUUGCCAUUACUUCUCCUCAGGAAUUUGAGGAAUGUUUAGCUUCCAACUGCUCCCCCUACACUGACCCCUGAGACGGGAGAGGAGGCUGAACAGACAGGACUGGCUCCUGCUGUCCUGGCUCCUGGGCCUGCGGCCUUGUGCCAUAGGAGCCAUUAUAACCCUUUCUUGGGUCUUCUCUGGCCCUCUGGCCCUGGGGGUUUGCCUCAAGCAUCCGUUUCUUCAUCUCAUAAAAUGUCAGACUUAGGCUUCCGAAUCGGUCCUACUUGCUGAAGGCUGCCCUUCCGCCCCUGUAGGUACCACGAGUGGAUGAAAUCGGAGGAGCUGCAGCGUUUGACGGCCUCGGAGCCACUAACCCUGGAGCAGGAGUAUGAGAUGCAGCGCAGCUGGCGGGACGACGCGGACAAGUGUACCUUCAUUGUACUGGAUGCAGAGAAGUGGCAGGCCCAGCUGGGCCCCAGCGAGGAGAGCUGCAUGGCGGGAGAUGUGAACCUCUUCCUCACGGAUCCCGGGGACCCCUCCUUGGGGGAGAUCGAGGUCAUGAUUGCAGAGCCCAGCUGCAGGGGCCAGGGCCUGGGCACGGAGGCCGUCCUCAUGAUGCUGCUUUAUGGAGUGACCAGGCUAGGUCUGACCAAGUUUGAGGCUAAAAUUGGGCAAGGAAAUGAGCCGAGCAUCCGGAUGUUCCGAAAGCUUCACUUUGAGCAGGUGGCUGUGAGCAGUGUCUUCCAGGAGGUGACGCUCAGACUGAUGAUGAGUGAGCCGGAGCGGCAGUGGCUUCUAGAGCAGACCAGCCACGUGCAAGAGAAGCCCUACAGAGAGGGGACAUCGGAGCCCUGCUGACAGCCGGCCGCGUGGACAGGCCUCGCUGUGUGGAUGGGCGUGGAAGCCUGGAGCCCUGCUGCAGGUGAACGGAUGGAACCUGGGGCGCGGGGCACGCUGGCCCCGCUCCAGGCUGGGAAUCUCCUUGUGGGGCCACUCAGACUCUGGGCCGGACUUGGCUUUGGCCUCCCUCUGGCUGCCUGCUGUGGCUGGGCUACUCCAGGAUCAGCCCGUCCUCCUGCCAAACCUGGACUCAGACUGGAGUGGAUGGCCUGAGUCCACAGGUGGAAGAGGCAGAGUUGCGGACGCGGGCGGCCUGUGACUGCGUGGGGCCUCCCUUUCCCCCGGAGGGGCUGCCCAGGCUCGGGCCAGGAGUAAAGCGCACUGCAUGCAGCUGGCCCUGUUCCCUCACUGGACCUGUGAGGAGAGCCUCCAGCGUCGCAGGGACGGUGCUGGGAGCUUGGUCCUCAGUCUUGCAGAAGCAGGAGGGUGUGACCCCGGGAGGUUUGGAAAGGAAGGGGGUCAGCCCUGAAGGACAGCCAGGUGGCUGGGAAAGUGGGUGGGUGUCCUGGUCUUUGGAGCCAGUUUUGAGAUCGGGGUAAGUUAGUUCUGGACACAGCUCCGUGUGGCUGGAGCACCCCCUGCGCCCCCCCCACCGAUGAAGCUCAGGCCUCCUGCUCAGCUACAAGGGCUGUGGGAGGAAGCGGAGGCCAGAGCCGCGGCCUCCUGAAGGCACCUCGCUCUCCCUGCCUUGUCCUGCCUCCCCGGGAGCAGCUCCACCUCCCGAGGCCAUGAGGGGGCGCCCAUGGCAUAGGCCUGAGUUGGCCGGGCUGCAUGGCAGCCAGUUAAGCACCUCAGAGCCAGCGGGACAGCCUUUGACAUCUGUCUCUCAUCACGCCCUGUCGUAACCUGGUGGCCUGGUUUCAAAACACCAUCGGAGAAGAGACCUUUGAGGGCACCUGGGGUGUUUUCAUGGAGAAGGAAAUGGCACCCCACUCCAGUAGCCUUGCCUGGGAAAUCUCGUGGACAGGAGCCUGGCGGGCUGCGGUCCGUGGGUCGCAAAGGGUCGGACACGACUGAGGGAGGAGCGGGCGCUCGCCAGAGGCCCCGGCGCUUUUGAUGGCAGAGCCAGGACUGGGGCUGAGGACUGCCAGCUCCCAGGCCUCUCUCACCAGAUGGGAGCGUGGAAAACUAGAAUCUAAAAUAGCCUGAGGGCUCUCCUGGCAGCUCUAGUAAAGAAUCGCCCCCCUGCCAAAGCAGGGGACGCGAGUCCCACCCCUGCUCUGGGAAGACCCCAGAUGGCAGACCAGCUGAGUCCAUGCAUCACAGCCUCUGGGUCGGUGCUCUGGAGCGUGGGAGCCACAGUACUGAGGUCUGUGGGCGCCAGAGCCCGUGCUCUGCAACGAGAGGAGCCACCGCAGUGAGAAGCCUACGCCCCCCCAACUGGAGAGCAGCCCCUGCUCGCCGCAGCUAGAGAAAAGCCCACACAGCAUGAAGACCCUGCACAACCACAAAUAAAUAAACUCACUGAAAAAACGCAUGCCUCCUGCCCCUCACACACACUCUGCUCGCUGGGGCUCGGGCCCCUCGGUGACAGGUGCCUCUGAGCCACCUGUGCCAGCUUCAUCAGAGUCAAAAGUCCUUAGGGCCUCCCCACCCAGCAGGUGAGGUAGGGAGGGCCCCUCCCCAGCCUGGGGGGCCGGCACACCUGCAGGGGACCUCCAUCAGAGGUCACAGGGCGGAGGCAAGGGUGAGUGGGGUCAGGCCAGGCCCAGCCUAACUGCUGCAGUUGGUGCCGUGAUAAGGGUUUUGGAAGGUUUCUCUUUCCCAGUGGUGGAAUUCUAACUAAUCUUAACAGGUCUAGUGAUGGCCAGAUAGUGACCUUCCCUGCUUGUUCUCCUCAGUCCCAGGAACCUGGCUUGAGUGGCCUCCGGGUGGGGUGGAGGACAGCCCAGGGCUAGCUUCUCUUCCUCCUGCCUGCCUAUGAAUCGGGCCCUGCAGGCCACAGUGGCAGCUGCCCAGGGUGCCCUCGGGUUAGCAGUAUAGAGACCUGGACCUCCUGUGGAGGAGCAGGGCAUUUCAUCCUUGGGAAGUCCCCCCACCCCACCUGCCACAAGCAUGUCCCAGGGCCCAGCAGGCCAGGUCUGUCCUCCCCAUCCCCGCAGUCAGGUCCAUGGCCAGGUAAGAUAAGAGUAUCUGGGAAGGGGGCGGGGACACCAGCUUGGGUCACGCCUGGGAAUCGGCACCUCUCUAGCAGAAAGAUUAAAGAUUAAAGCCAAGCCUUCUCUCUCCAAGU